AUGGCUCCUGCCAAAAGGUCACACGCCGUCCUGGAAGCAGGCGGCGCAGACGAUGAGGUACUAGACGUCCAGCACGCAAGGUCGUCCCUUAGCCAAGGCACGUCUCCGAAGCAGCAUGCAGCCGCCCAGAGGGACGAAACCUCUAGCUCAGAUAGCGAGGCUGUCGAAGACAACCAAGAUGAUGAAGACCACGGAGGGCGACCCGGACGCGACUCCCCGCCACGAACUCAAUACGAGAUUGCUCGCGACGAUGGCUUCAGGCACUUGCAGUACGAGGACCAAGACGAUCAGCGUGCUACACAAAAGAUCAAAAGCCGCCCGCAACGCAUCGGCGACAAUCACGCAGCCGAGAACGGCAUCAUCGAGAGUGUCGAGUGCGUCAAUUUCAUGUGUCAUGAGCGGCUCUACGUUGAGCUGGGGCCCCUUAUCAACUUCAUCGUUGGCGAGAACGGCAGCGGUAAGAGUGCUGUGCUGACGGCCCUUACAUUAUGCCUUGGCGGCAAGGCCAGCUCCACCAACAGAGGUGGAAGUCUGAAGAGCUUCAUCAAAGAAGGUCAAGUCAACUCCGUCAUCGUUGUCAAGAUAAAAAACCAGGGCAUCGACGCCUACCAACACGACCUGUAUGGCGACACCAUCACGGUCGAGCGUCACUUUUCUAGGGCGGGCGCCAGUGGCUUCAAGCUCAAAAGCGUGGCAGGCAAGACAAUUUCUACAAAAAAGGCCGACGUCGAUGAGAUAUCCGAAUAUUGGGCGCUGCAGGUCGACAACCCACUCAACGUACUAUCGCAAGACAACGCACGUCAGUUUUUGAACUCUUCAUCGCCAUCUAUGAAGUACAAAUUCUUUGUCCGUGGCGUGCAACUGGAACAGCUCGACAAUGACUACAAAUUGCUGACGGAGAUUCUUGAAAGCCACGAGGCGAAGUUACCGAGUCUGGAGGAGCAUGUUCGCCGCGCCAAGAGAGAGCAUAUUGAGGCACAGAAGCUUAAGGACAUUGCUCAAAGGAAUGAGGAGAUGAGGAAGACGUAUCGCCGGCUACGAAACCAGUUGUAUUGGUCCCAAGUGGCCGAGCAAGAGGAUACGCUAGCGAAAUAUAAUAACGAAAUUGCCGCCCUAGACGAGGAAAUUCGUCGCGCCACAGUAAACAUCGAGCAGGCAUCACAAGCUCUGACCCAGCGUGACGAGCAAUUGGAGCGUACCAAAGCAACAGUGGAGAACGAAUCGCAGGAAAUUAGUGCGAUUCAGGAAAACAUUGAAGCCGCUGAUGGGGCGUACCAAGAUGCCAAGAAGUCUGUUACCGACAUACACCACCAGCUCAGAGAUGUUCAGCAACGCCUGAAGAACGCCGGGCAAGGGUUGUUGAUUUCGAAAGCAAGAUCCAAGCUGAGGAGCAACGCCUUGGGGCCGGAACUGGCAGUGCUCGUCAGGAACAGGAGACACUCCUGA